CAGGAAAGGAUGUUCCUGUUCAACUUUAACAAUGGUGAUCCAAACAGACCUUCAUUCUUUGAGAUGUUUGCACAGCAUCAGAUGAUGCCAUCAUUCAAACCUGCAUUGAAAUACAUAUUCACUGUCUUAUCACAAAGGAAUCCUAGACUAAGUGUCAUUGUCAAGUAUCACGAUGAGUUCUUCUAUUCAUUGUUAUUAUUGCUAGAGUAUCAUUAUCUAAAGUACUAUGAGGCAUCAUUCUCAGAGAACUUCUAUAAUUUGAAGAGAUCAAUAAAGGUAUCAAAGACAGGUGAUCCUUUACUUUUGCGUUUAUGGGAUCCGAGCAAGGCUGCAUUGUCAGAGCAGUCGACUGCAUCUGCACCGAGGAGCAACGAGAACACUGUCAAGCAGUUGAACAAACAAUCGCUACUCUCGAUAAUGUCAAAGGCUCCCAAGGACAAAGAGUCCAAACCAAUCACUAUGCGUGACAAACGCAUGUCUAUUCUCUUCUUGGUCUUCUUGCCCUACCUCAAAGCAAAGCUGGACGAGCUGUACAAGCGUGAGUCAGACCCCAUCAACACAUUGGGUCUGCUAGACAAUGAGGCGUCACAGCAUCCAUUCAUCAAAACACUUCGCAAACUGUUCCUCAAGGUCUACCCAGUCAUCAGCGCCACUUACGAGGCGUCAUUCUUCAUCUAUCAACUUCUCUACCUCUACGAGUACACCGACUUUUACACACCAUUCCUUCACUUCCAGCGCAUCGUCCUGAAGCGUCUUACACAUCAAGAUAUAGAAAAUCAUGCCAAUGCCGUCUCUGCAAGAAGGAAUGAGCGCAUUGCUUACGUGAGGAACUGGCCAUACGUGUUCACACCAGUUGUAAAGGUGCUCGACUCGAUACUGGACUACUCCAAGUUCAUAUUGCCAGCGUCUGUGUUCUUGUUCAAGUCACUGGAGUGGUGGUACAGCGAGAACAGACAGUCAACACCGUCGUUGCCCGUGCCACCUCCACCCUCCAUCCCCAAGCGUGCACCCGACGGUCUGGCCAUCCCGGCCGACAAGUCCCUGUGUCCCCUGUGCCUCAAGGAGCGCACCAACCCAACGAUCUGUGGCAGUGGCUUUGUCUUUUGCUACCCUUGCAUCUUUGGCUUUGUCCAACAGCAUGGCAAGUGUCCCAUCACCUUCAUCCCAUCAUCAACAGAGAGUCUGCGAAAGAUUUAUGAGACUACAUAA